AUGGCGGCGCCCAGUGAAGUGGCCGCGGCAGUCCUCGGUGAAGGCGAUGGCAGGGGUUUUGGAUCCUGGCUGGACGGACGGUUGGAGGCUCUGGGAGUGGACCGAGCCGUGUACGGCACUUACAUUCUGGGUGUCCUUCAGGAGGAGGAGGAGGAAGAGAAGCUGGACGCCCUGCAGAGUAUCCUCUCUGCUUUCCUGGAAGAAGAUUCCCUCCUUGAUAACUGUAAGGAAAUUGUGGAACGAUGGUCAGAAACGCAAAAUGUCACCACCAAAGUAGAAAAAGAAGAUGAGGUCCAGGCCAUCGCCACCUUGAUUGAGAAGCAGGCACAGAUCGUGGUGAAGCCCAGGAUGGUGUCUGAAAAGGAGAGGCAGAGGAAAGCAGCCCUGCUGGCCCAGUAUGCCGACGUGACCGACGAAGAAGACGAAGCAGAUGAGAAAGAUGAUCCGGGUGCCUCCACAACAAACAUUGGUUCUGAUAAAUCUCUGUUCCAAAACACCAACGUAGAAGAUGUUCUAAAUGCUCGGAAAUUGGAGCGAGACUCUCUUCGGGAUGAGUCCCAAAGGAAGAAGGAACAGGACAAACUUCAGAGGGAGAAGGACAAACUAGCCAAGCAGGAGCGCAAGGAGAAGGAAAAGAAAAGGACACAGAGAGGGGAACGCAAGCGAUAACCUCGGUCACUCUGUUCCUUCCACCCGUGAAUUGAUUGUGCGUCUGUAUUUAAGAGAACUGUGUCUAAUGCAUUUCUCAAAAUUUCCUAAGGCUUUCCCCUUCCGUUUACAUGUGCAAAAGGAAAAUCACAGUCACUUGUAACUACAAAAUGUGCCAUGUUUGGUGGUGUGGGCAAUCAAUUCUAGUUAGUAUCUUUACCAAAGACCUGGAAUUAGGGUAACCUUUCUAUUUUAGUACUGAAAUCCUGUGCUUUUCUGGCUUUUU